AGUAUGGGUCGUGAGGGCGGCGGGAGCGCACACGGGUGAGCGCGUCGCGAGGCGCCGGCCGGCGGGCCAGGCUGAGGCAGCGCCGCGGCGGACAGCCCAGCAGACACUCGGCGCCGCCGCACCAUGCGGGUCGCGCUCCUCCUGCUCGCCCUUCUCAGGUGGGCGGCCUCGGUGUGCGGGGAAGAGUGUCCUGAGAAGGCGUCCUGCCAGCGGCUGCGGGGACACCGCGUCGUCUGCUCCGGAGGGCUGCACCAGUUCGCCACGACCGCCGCGCCUCGCGUGCGCUCAGUGCGGGUGUGCGACUGGCCGGAGGCGACGCUCGACCCCGCGGCGCUGGCCCGAGCCUUCCCGGGCGCCCAGCAGGUGGCGUUGCUCAACGCCAACGUCUCCCGCCUCUCCGCGCCGUUCCCGCCCAUGGCCAAGCUCGAGACGCUGAACAUGACGGGUGUCGGCCUCCGCGAAUUAUCUGAGGACGCCCUUGGGAAUCUCACGUCUCUCCGCACGCUGGACUUGCGGAAUAACCACCUGGAGCGUCUGGAUCCCGAGCUGUUCGACGACCUGGAUGAGCUGAAGCAAGUCUACUUGUCAGGUAACAGGUGGGACUGCGCGACGGCCGACCUGACGUGGUUGCUGGGCGACGACGGAGCGAUCGUCAAGGACCGCGACGCCAUGCGCUGCGGAGACGCCAACUUCACGGAGCGGCCAGUCGUGCGAGUCAUGUACUUCAUCAAGGCGAUGCAGGAGAAGUGCCCCGGCAACUGCACGUGCUGGAUGGGGUACGUGGCGCCCACCAAGGAGGGCUUCCUGCUGCCCAUCAUCACUGUGGACUGCAGCGGCCGCGGACUCACGCAGCUGCCGGAGGACAUCCCGGAGAACACCACCACGCUUAUCCUCACCGGCAACAAGAUCCGCGACGUGUCGCGGCUGUCGCGCGGCCUGGGCCACUACCCGCGCGUGCUGGACGUGCAGCUGGACGACAACGAGGUGUCCUCGCUGGACGAGCUGGAGGGCUCCCGCUGGCUGUCCACGUUCCGCGCGUUCAGCGUGCGCGGCAACCGCCUCUCGCAGCUGCCCGCCUACGCCUUCGACGACGCGCUCGAGCACAACGGCAACGCACUGCGCCUCGCGCUCGGCCACAACCCCUGGCUCUGUGACUGCCACGUCACGCCUCCCUUCCAGGUGCUGCUGCUAAAGUAUUCGAAGCUGGUCACGGAUCUGGAUGACAUUCGAUGCCAGAACAUCGAUGGUGAUGAAAAUGCCAAUGUCAAGGUGAAGGACGUGUCGCGCAACUCGGUGUGCCGCGUGCCGGAGGAGCAGCUGGUGCAGCCUCUGGACGUGGUCAACGGCGUGCUCGCGGCGCUCAUCGCUCUCGCCCUCGCCAAGCUGGGCUACGACUACUGGGCCUUCAAGCGCACCGGCAAGCUGCCCUGGCUCGUCGGCAAGAUGCCCUGAGCCGCGGCGCCAGCCACACGCCAAGCCACCCGCUCCCCGCCUGCCUGCGCCCAGGGCCACGUCCACAGUAUUUCAAAAAGUAACGCAGCCUUACGGGCAGAUGACCGAAUUAGAAAUGUUGCUAGAAGCGCCCCCCCCCCCCCCCAAUGUCUUAAAUACAUGUAUACAGGGUGAAAAGUAUAUAAACCGACAAACUCUGGGACGUUGUAGGGGACAUCAAAACAAGUAUUUUUCCCUAAUGUCAUUUUUUCCUAUGAGGAUUAUUUAAACCUGUUGUGGCCGUAUUACGCUCUUCAGUUGUUAGAGGCCGUAUUAUGCUCUUCAGCUGUAGCCAACUGCUGUCCACCAGUGUCUCUGUUUACUAAUGUAGCGAUACACCUGGAGUGAGUACACUGGUAUGGUUGGUGCGUACUACGUAGCGCACCACAACGGACGAGCUGCACAGCGGGUUUAUCGACAACAAUAUCCUAAUCGCCGUAUCCCGCAUCAUGCGACCUUUGCUGCUGUGUACCAGCGUCUGCGUGAGACCGGGUCAUUUAGCCGAUUACCUGGACAGGGGCGCCGUCGCACUGUAAGAACGCUGCAAUUUGGCGAAGCUGUCUUGCAGCAUGUGGGGCGAGAUCCUUCAAUCAGCACUCGUGCAAUUGCACGUAACAUGGGGACGAAUCAGACGAAUGUAACAACAGUCUAUUAAUGGACUGAGAUCCGCCUCGAUUGCGAAAAAACACCUAGUGUUUACCUAGGUUUCGGUGUAGAUAACUACACCUCCUUCAGAACAAUAAACUCAAAAGUGUCUAUAAAGACCUUUGUCAAUAAUUAAAAGCUCAGCAUAGCUAUGUAUUUAUAAAAGAAAAAGAUGACACAUAAAAGUACAUGUGAACAAAGUCAAAAGAAUAACUUAACUUAAUGGUGUACACUCCACCUCACAUCAGCAUGUGUUCGAUGGGCCGUGUCCCGUCGCAAUCGAGGCGGAUCUCAGUCCAUUAAUAUAUUAACAAACGAUUGCUGACGCGCUGCAAUGUUGAAGGUUCUUAAGUAACAACAGUCCUUCGAGAGCAAUUGUUACGUCCAUUUCACUUACAGUGUGUCCACAACCUGGAACCAGUUGAUUAUCCUCCCAGAGCACAGUUUUCGCAGUGGUACCUGGAACUGUGUGAAAUCCAUCCUACAUUUCCAUCCUCAUUUUGUUUAUCGAUGAAGCAACGUUCAGGGGUGAUGGAGUCUUCAACAUGCACAAUUCGCAUGUUUGGAGUGAGGAUAACCCACAUGCCACAGUUACUAGCGCUCAUCAAGUUCGGUUCUUAGUUAAUGUGUGAGUCGGUGUUGUGGACUGUUUAAUUGGGCCGUAUCUGCUACCUAGUUGUUGUCUCUUGGUCGUAAAAAAAUGCAAAAGUGUUUGUUGGUUUAAUUAAUUUGCCGCCAGAGAAAUCUUCCUUCACCGGUUUAAAUACUCCUCAUAGUAAAAAAUGACUUUAGGGGAAAAUAAUUAUUUUGAUGUCCCCUACAACCUCCCAGAAUUUAUCGGUUUAAAUACUUUUCACCCUGUAGUGUGAGGGUUGUUCGUUAGAACUGUGAUCCAAGAAAGUUAAAUGUGGUUGGCUGUUUGAGCUCUAAGACGGUCCUGCCGAAACGACGUGCUUUUAUUCAGGUUUACUGUUUAAAAAUUGUUGUACCAUCUGUAUGUAGCGCUCAGUGUUCACUAUGCCACGAAAUUAUGUGACACUGCGCGUGGAACACACACUUGUUGUCUAUCCAGAGGAGACUGUGAUAUGGAUUUUGCAUGGCCCAUAUGAGUGAUGUAUGUGCAUUCACAUGUCCAUCAAUAUGGAGUCAUGCCUCGUCAAACCAAAAUAAACUGUCGAAUUAUUAACUAUGUGGCGUUGUAUAUGACAGUGACGGGAAGGUAUACGUAUUGCAUGGUCUCCAGAGGACAACUCUUGUGCAUCUCGAAUUUUGUACGGGAGCCAAUUUAAAAGUUGGGUAAUACAAUGUGGAUGUAUCCUCCAGAAAGACCAGACGGUACCAAAUGGGCGUCACACAGACUUCACGGGACCCAAAGAAUAUGCAGCUCCUUUUGGCUGCAUUGGCACAUUUCCUGUCCUCUGUCGUACAGGAACUUGGUGGCAGGUUAAUUUGGUGCAUUCUUACAAAACCUCUAUGUGAAGACUUCGGAAUGGCGAUAUAAUUGUGCUGAGUGACAAUGAAUAUUCUCUUUUGUAACGUGUAGCCCAUUUUUUCACAAUUAAACGAAAAUCAUCACCUGCAACGGGAGAGAAACAUUGUUCCGUAAGGCUGUGUUACUUUUUGAACACUCUGUAUUUGAUGAGGACUGCACUUCGUCCAGCAUUAAUGAUUAAACUACCAGAAUCGUUGUAAAAUGACAAAAAAGUUUCCUGCGUUAAAUGCAAUGGACGUGGCAACAGGACGUAACGUUUCAGUCACCAUAUCUCGUACACUAUGGGAACAGCAUCUCUCUUACCUUCAUAUUCAGAACUGCAAGCAGCUCUGUUCAUCUUCAGCCUAUCUGAUGUCUGAUGUUGUGGCUUAUUUGUACUCCGUGUUCCUAUUUGAAUUUGUGUUUGUGUAAUUAAUAUUCUGUUGCAUGUCUGUUAUUUUUACUGCUGAUACCCAGGUAGCGGUCCAUAUUGCAAGAAAUGUGUCCCAAGUACUCUGCAGGUAGUUGGCUACAUAGUAACUGUUGAAACCUGCAGUAGUCGAUGAAAAGUCUUGGUGCUGUUUUGUUUAAAUCAUAAAGGAUGUAUGUCCAUGAAUUUAUCGGUAUCUGAACACCUUUUAAAGCAUUAUGCUAUGCAUCGUACGUACAACAUAUAGUUUGAACUAGUCUGUUUCAGCCACCUACAUAACUACUCGUAUCAUAUUCAUUUUCCCGAACAUCCCUGAAACAUGCAAAGCAUGAGUAGCGGAUAUUGCUCCACUGAAAUCCACCUACACUCAGAAAGUAAUGAAAUAUGUCAAUGGUUGAAAAUCUUAAAAGGGUGAGACCUGAAAUUUUGUCAAGAUCGAUUCUAUUCAUAGAAUACCCCUUAAAAUGAUGAGUUACCGACUAUACAGACGUCCACAUAAUCAAUAAGUACGGUAGAUCACAUUCCAACAAUUCAUAAGUAGUAGUUGCUACAGUUUCAGACUAUAGAAGGUUUAAUUGCGUGCUGUGCAAGAAAAAAGUUGAAGAUCAAUCAAUAGGACUUUCUUACAUAAAAUCGCUGACCAAAAAAGCGUGUGAACCACAGCAAACAUUUACAUUGUGGAACUCUUUCACGUCUCGAACAAGCAAAGACCUUCCUUUGGGACAAGUUGUCCUCCCACCUAUUUCUCAAAAUCAGGAGUGGUGUUUAUUUGUGAGGCCGUACCAGUAAUUGGUUUCUAAUAAUAUUACCGUUUGUCAGUAAGUUACACAAUUACUUCGGAACAGAUUAUCUGACUUUUUUAAAUGACAUCGGAAAUUGUGCCACUCGCAAGAUCAACAAGCAACCAUCCUCUGCGUGUACUUGAUUCUUCCUUCACCCAGUCUUCUGAAACACUAACCUAUGUUGGAGCGCUUCUCAACUAACGUCGCUAGUGCAAUUGAUCCGACGAUUGGAGUAGUUCCCCCCUCCCCCCAUUAAGGCUCUGGUGACUGCCAUUUCAGACGUCCUUCCUACUUCUCCAGCAUGUUGGAGCUAUCUGUUUCUCACAAUGUUUAUGAUGUGGUGAGCACACAUCGUAUCACACAUUUUUCUGUUAACCAACUACCUGCACACUGAUCCACUUUUAACAGCUCUGAGAAUCAGCUUCGUGGUCCUUUUCCGACGCUAUUAACUUCCUUUCUAUCAUACUUCCUAUAUGUCCUUAUGUAUGGUCUGUAAAGUACAAUUGAGCGAAUAGUGGUUGUGUUGAUCUUAAUCUUUGUUCGAUCUGAUAGCCCUGUUAAACUUAGUGCAGCUCAUGAAACUGUGUUCAUUAUGAACACUUACGGUUGAUAUUCUAGAUACUCUAUAUAUUUUAAAUUACAUUUCUUCAUUAUUUAUUUCAUACUGCCAUCAUAAUAUCCCAUACUUAUGAUGAAAACUAUGAGAAGUGUUAGAAUUCAAGUAUAUAGAUUACUAAUUAUUGCUGAAAAGUAUCACCCAUCGAUCUUAGAAUUUCUGUAACGAAUUUCAGCUGCAAUGCGCAACGAAACCUAUUCCAAACCAGGAUGGCUUCUGCCAACUCGGCUCAAAAUUUUUCCAAAUAUACGUGCUAGCUGAGAGAUAGCACUAAUAGGGAUUAUUUUGCCACUUUUUGGUCACGCACUUGUAAAAUGACAAGAGAUCUCUUGAUAACAGCAAGCACUGUAACCUGAAUUACAAAACAUUAAAUCAAUUUGUACGAUUUCACAAAAUAAAUUUCUUUCUCAGUUGACAGCACGUACACAUAUGGUAUUUUCGUAAACAUAGUAACAAAUACACAGAAGUAAUGGUCAAUAUUCAGGGAUGUGACAGGAAUGAUCAUUCGAAACAAAAAGUCCAGUAAACAUGGACUCUAAAGCGCAUGCUUUAGGAGUUAUGAGCAAUUCUUGAUCUUCGAUACUGUAAAACAAAUCUCUUCUACUUCAAGCUCUUUGCUUUCCAUAUUUUGGGAAAUGGUAGCAUCGACCAGAACAAGAAUAGAAAUGUCCAUUAAAUAUGUGCUCUACAAUGUAUGUCUUCAAAAUUAUUAAUACAUGUUCAUUAGUGGAGGAGAUCUUAAUAAUGAAUCUGAAUAAACUGCCUCUCUCUUACAGUACUCACAAAGAAAUGAAUGUUUACCAACAUUGUGGGAGGAGUUUUCAAAUUGCUGUUACUAACAAUCAUAUACAGCGAUUUUUUUUUAAUAAAGAGGCCAUUUUCAAGGUCUGCCUUUCCCAGGCAGAGAAAUACCUGCCUUUCAACAUAUUCAUGCUUGUUUUCUGUCACGGUUUUGAGCCAAUCUUUGCCCCCCCCCCCCAAUUUUAUGUUGCGUUUUACGCUACACUCCAGUAUCAUAGAAGAUAUUCAUUCCCCCUGAUGUCUUAAAGACGUCCUGUUAGCUUGUCCCUUCCUAUAGUUAAUGCUUCAACGUCUUCAUCUUCUCGCUGAUUCUGCGGAUAACCUCCUCGUUUCGUGCGUUAAUAAAUCACUAAAUUCUGAGAGCUAUUCUGCGACACCAGAUCUCAAAUGCUUCUCGUCUCUUCUUUCCCGUUUAUCCAACAGGCUGCAUUUCACUUCCAAACAAUGCUGUUUAUUCUCUGUUACUCUGUUAUUUCAUUCUCGCGUUGGGUCCUGUGUUUAAGAACAGCAUAAAUAUUUUGGCGAGGAGUUUUACAAAACAAUCACAAUUAGGGCACAGACCGCCUGAAACAACGGUUUAUAAUUACACAAACGUGAGAUUGCACCUCUUAAAUAGAAAAACACGCACAGAGUUUAAGAAUUAAGCUACGAUUUAAAAACAGAAAAGCUAAAUACAUAGCUUGUAUGUCUGUUGGUGGCUAACAAGCGAAAGCUGGAGCCUAACAGAAUCCUGAUGCCUCCAAGGAGAGAAUCACAAGGCGUUGUGAAUGUUAUCAAAAGUCUUCCUGCACCAAAAUUCGGGAUUUUGAAUAGUUUCAUCCACCUCAGAUAACUUCAGUGUUGUCACAGCAUGACAGACACAUAGAGCUAAUACAACGCUGAAAAGAGUAGCCAAAUAUUCAUUCACCCCGGGUACAAAUUUUUAGAUCUGUGUGCCACUUCCUAACGGCUUUCAUACUCGUCGUAUUCCAUAACAAGGAUUCGCAACUGCUGCAUGUCAAAUCCAACACAAUAGUUAUCAAGUGCAUGUGGUAUCUCUACGUUUUCUUUUUCAGUUGUGAAAAAUGAAAAAGUUCUUCAUCAUUUUCGAAAAUGUUAAUCUCGUUGAGAGGUAAUACUUCUCAAUAAUGAAUCUGAAUAAGCUGCCUCUUUCUUACAGUACUCACAAAGAAAUGAAUGUUUACCAACGUUGUGGGAGGUUUUCAAAUCGCUAUUACUAACAUAAAUCAUAUACUGCGAGUUUUUCUUUGUUUUGUAAAUAAAGAGGCCAUUUUCUAGGACUACCUUUCGCAGGCGGAGAAAUACCUGCCUUUCAACAUAUUCAUGCUUGUUUUUCACAUGUUUGACAUCUGUGACUGUUUCGUCUCAUGCACGCAUUUUUUGGGGGGUAACAACAAUAUACAUAUACAGCGUUGGCUGCCAGAACUUUUUUUUUAGUCUUUUAAAGUUAUGAAACUAAAGUGACCUGAAGAAUUUACAGUCUGCAAUAGAUAUUGCAACGAACUGGUGGAGUCGCGUUCAGCAAACAUUAUUUACACAUAAGACACUCCCUUAACAAAUACAGUGAAUAAAAUUACAGUAUUAACAACAUUUUUGUGCAUAGUGAAAGAAACAGUGUGAGUGUUUAUCCAAAAAGUAUUACAUGAAGUUACCACAUAAAUUACAUAUAAUUAGUUUGUGACUUAAUAUAACAGUAUUGUCUUUAUUUUUAAUUUUUGUUUUAGAAACUAUUGUUGUAAGACUGAAUAUUACAAAUUAAUUUCAUGACAAGCAUGCAAACGUGCUUGUUGAGUUUCUUUACGUUUCUAUUGUUUAUCAGAUAACUGUGUAUAUAUGUACUAAACUGUCAAUUUUAUGUUACCAUGGACACAUACGUCAAUGCUGGUCAUUUUGAUACGUAUUGUGACAUCUCAAAAAAUGUGCAAUAGUACGUAUUUUUCCUAUAUUGAGAGGCUAUGUAUAGAUAUAGUGUUAUAUUUUUUUAUUUAUUUGUUUGAGAAGCAACAGUUUAAGGUGAAAUUAAUAUAUCAAAUAAACUUUUAUUUUAUUUUGUU